CUUUCAUAGGGGAGGUAAGGGAUUCAAGCCGCCCAACUAUGGUGUGUACCAGUAUUUACCUACCCCAAAAAUACAAAAAAUAAAUAAAUACUAAAUGAAACCUUCAGGCAAAACAAGUUAAACACCUGACACACCAACAACCAAAGUUAUCCAAUAUAAAUGGGCCCUGACAAACCCAAUGUCAAUCAUUUGCAGGAGCCUAAACAGGGCAGGCCACACAGAUCAGGCCUGAAAUUGACAGCCCAAAUAAAAUAAAAACACCCCCGAGGGCCCAAAUGGAGAAUAAGAGUACGACAUGAUCAUAAUAAACAAUGGACUGUUGAAGGUGGCCUUCACGUACAAACCAUUUUUCAACUACUUAAGUUUAUGAAAUGGAGUUUAGUAGUCCCCACGUCUAUGGCAAAAGUUCAUGAAAUGCACCAACUAUUCUCACAAGAAAACUAUAUAUACCACCCCCAUCCAACUCUCUCUUCAUCAAACAGAGCUAUUUUUCAAGUCUCUACAACCCUAAUCACACCUUAGAGAUGGCAAGCAGCCAGCUCGCGGUUGUCCUCUCGUUGCUCCUGCUCCAGUUGGCUUUCUAUUCUGCAACUGCUUCUGAAGACGCCUCAACCAAAACAGUGGAGAAGAAUGUAGAUGUGGUGGUCGAAGGCAUGGUCUACUGCCAGAGCUGUGAGCACUUCGGGACAUGGUCUUUGGCCGGGGCUGAGCCCAUCCCUGCAGCUCAAGUAAGUGUUAUCUGCAAAGACCACAAAGACCGAGUCAGCUUUUACAAGGCAUUUGAAACAGAUGCACACGGGUACUUCUAUGGACAAAUGAAAGGGUUUAAGAUGGGCCAUUACCUGUUGGACCAUCCUCUCCACUCGUGCCAUGUCAAACUAGUUUCAUCUCCUCUGGAAAACUGCAACAUCUUCUCCAAUGUGAAUUACGGACUCAAUGGUUCCCCCCUCCGCUAUGAGAACAAAAGAUUGUUUGGAAAGAAUUAUGAAGCCGUGAUUUAUGCAGCAGGCCCUUUGGCUUUCCACCCAGCUCACUGCACUCCCAGCAAUCACCCCUAAAUUCACUACCAGUCAUUCUUAACUUCUGAUUAACUGUUAUUGUUCUUUGUUUCUUUUUGUUUCCCUUCCAGUGUUGGUUCAACGAUUUUUAAAUGUCUAAGUUCUAUUAUAUUUCUUGAAUAAAUAAAAGAAU